AUAAUGUUAAAACGUUUUUCUACUCUAUUCUGUUCGAUAAUGAACUCUUGUUAGUCCUAUAUAUUUACAGCAGGUUUACUGUAGGAUCUACCUAUCGCUGAUAAACGAUUUAUAAAACUUCUAUGCAAUGUUGACAGCCCCGCUCCUCCAAUGCCAGCACCGGGACCUGCCCCCCCCCUUAUCCCCCCUGCAGGAAACACCGUGUCGGCCUCUUCCUUACUGACACCCCGCUCCUCCAAUGGGAUCCUGUCUGGAAGCCCGCUGGCACCGUUUCACAGCUCAAUUUGUCCCGGAGUAGACUAUCUGCAGUUCGGGAAGUUAAACUCGACAAAAGUCGAAGUCAUGGACCGGGAACACCCGAAAAUGCCCUUUUAACUUUUGAAGAUAUUGAAGAUGACCUGUCUUGUGCCAUGUCCCAGUGGUCUGCUAGUCAUUGUCCACCUCCUCGCACUAUCCUCCGUCAACACCCAGUCAGAGAUAUGGACCAAUGAAGUUUCAGAUGUUCAGUAUGGGAGGUUGGGGUCCAACGUCACGCUGGUGUGUGGAGCAGACAGGACAUCAGUGAAGUGGCGUCUGAACAGGAGUUCCAUGUUACCAUGGCAUCACCGAGUGACAUCAGAUGGUCAUCUGGUUCUCCUCCAGGCCGACCGCGCUGCCGAGGGAAACUACAGCUGCCAUGACGACCGGGGACGACUCAUCAGGACAACCAGACUCAGGCUGGGGCAUCCCCCCGGGCUGCUCAAUGUUUCCUGUCGUGUGUCCAAUCACAGCCUGGUAUUGUGUUCAUGGGUGGAGUCUGUGAAGACCCUCCUGCCUGCCCAGUACCACACCUCUUACAGGGGUAAUAAGAGCCAGGUGAGGAUGUGUGUGGUGUCGUCCCCUCCCCAGAAGCAGUGCACCAUCACAGACCCGACCAUGUGGCAACACUACCAUAACAUCAACAUCACAGAGACCAACCCUCUGGGCUCACAGACCACCAUCCUGAUGGUCAAAUUCCAUGAGCUCUUGCAGCCAGACCCCCCAGAGGCAGUAACAGCAGUGGGGAUGGUGGGAUAUCCCAUGAGGCUGCAGGUGUACUGGACGUACCCUGCUUCCUGGCUCCACGACGCUGUGCCCUUCCCCCUCCGUUUCCAGCUACGCUACCGUCCUGUAGGAUCCAGCAUCUGGUCUACCGUGGAGUCUAAAACCAGCCCCCUGUUGAUAACUGAUGCCCUAGCAGGCCACGCCCACCAGCUGCAGGUGAGAGCCCAGGACGAAAUCAACCCAGACAGCCAGUGGAGUGACUGGAGCCCCCUGCUGCAGGCUGGUCCAUGGAGCGGUAGUACUGCCGAGCCUACUGAAGAAACGUUCCCUGUCGACUACAACGACACGGACGCAGACCCCUCUACAGCCAACACCAAGUCAGAGGGCUCAGCGGAAGAUGGUGGCAGUCUGUUGAUUCUACUGGCCCUGUUCGCUGGCAUCAUCCUGGUCCUGCUGUCCUCUCUAUCGGUCCUCCUGUGGGUGAGGCAACGGAGGCGGGACAAUGUGACAAAACAGGAACUGACCUCAAUGGUGAAGAUGAAGUCCAUGCCAAUCUAAACCUAGGUUGGCCCCUCCUCUCAGCCCUUAUAGGGCCCCUUGUCUCCGCCAGGCCACACCCCCAACAGAUGGGUGCAGCAUCCACAAAACACUACCCACAAUCCACCAUGCUACCCGCAAGCCAUCUGGAGCGUGUGCCGGGCCUGAUCGCUGCCUGCCAACGAACAGACAUGUUGAAACGAAUGACUGACUCCUCCCACUGGAGUUUAACAUCAUCUGAUUGGCUAUGAGGCUCAACGUACUGUACUGUACAGUAUGGAGCGGCGACUAACAUCAACCCCUGAACUUCACUGACUGAACACGGUAUAGGUUCUGGUCUCUACCUUUCACAUUGUAUUCCUUUCUGUGUACCUGAUCAUAUUAUGGUCCUUCAUUCAUUUCAAAAUGCAAGAAGUAUCCCAGGGCAUUAUUGUAGAGACCGAUUGGCAUUAUAAACAGUUCUAGACUGUUCAUGAAGAGGGUAUAGAUAGGAUUGGCAUUAUAAACAGUUCUAGACUGUUCAUGAAGAGGGUAUAGAUAGAAUUGGCAUUAUACACAGUUCUAGACUGUUCAUGAAGAGGGUAUAGAUAGAAUUGGCAUUAUACACAGUUGUAGACUGUUCAUGAAGAGGGUAUAGAUAGAAUUGGCAUUAUAAACAGUUGUAGACUGUUCAUGAAGAGGGUAUAGAUAGAAUUGGCAUUAUAAACAGUUGUAGACUGUUCAUGAAGAGGGUAUAGAUAGAAUUGGCAUUCUGCAGAAUAGAAACUGCAAUUCAGAGGAGAAGGAACUCCCUGUAAAACACGGCUGCUGCUAUUGGUCAUUGGAUGAAAAGGAGGGGAACAGAGUUCGGCCAUAUCCAUGCUGGCCAAUCACUAGCAGUGUCUGGAUGACGUCAUCACUUCCUGUAUAUCUGCAUCGUUGCGUUAAAGGAGUCAAUGGAACACAGAUGUCUCAUUGACCAGACUGGAACACAUUCAACAAUCUGAUCUAAGAUAUAGAUUUUUGUCAAAUCUGUCAUGAUGUAUGUAUUGUAACAAGCUCACAAUGUGGUUACUUACAGACUCCACCAUACCAGACUAGACUCCACUAGACUAGACUCCACCAGACUAGACUAGACUCCACCAUACCAGACUAGACUCCACUAGACUAGACUCCACCAGACUAGACUAGACUCCACCAGACCAGACUAGACUCCACCAGACCAGACUAGACUCCACCAGACCAGACUAGACUCCACCAGACCAGAAUAGACUCCACCAGACUAGACUAGACUCCACCAGACUAGACUAGACUAGACUCCACCAGACUAGACUAGACUCCACCAGACUAGACUAAACUCCACCAGACCAAACUAGACUCCACCAGACUAGACUAGACUCCACCAGACCAAACUAGACUCCACCAGACUAGACUAGACUCCACCAGACUAGACUAGACUCCACCAGACUAGACUAGACUCCACCAGACUAGACUAGACUCCACCAGACUAGACUCCACCAGACCAGACUAGACUCCACCAGACUAGACUCCACCAGACCAGACUAGACUCCACCAGACCAGACUAGACUCCACCAGACUAGACUCCACCAGACCAGACUAGACUCCACCAGACCAGACUAGACUCCACCAGACCAGACUAGACUCCACCAGACCAGACUAGACUCCACCAGACCAGACUAGACUCCACCAGACCAGACUAGACUCCACCAUACCAGACUAGACUCCACCAGACCAGACUAGACUCCACCAGACCAGACUAGACUCCACCAGACUAGACUAGACUCCACCAGACUAGACUAGACUCCACCAGACUAGACUAGACUCCACCAGACUAGACUAAACUCCACCAGACCAAACUAGACUCCACCAGACUAGACUAGACUCCACCAGACUAGACUAGACUCCACCAGACCAGACUAGACUCCACCAGACCAGACUAGACUCCACCAGACUAGACUAGACUAGACUCCACCAGACUAGACUAAACUCCACCAGACCAGACUAGACUCCACUAGACUAGACUCCACUAGACUAGACUAGACUCCACCAGACUAGACUAGACUAGACUCCACCAGACUAGACUAAACUCCACCAGACCAGACUAGACUCCACCAGACUAGACUCCACCAGACCAGACUAGACUCCACCAGACCAGACUAGACUCCACCAGACCAGACUAGACUCCACCAGACCAGACUAGACUCCACCAGACCAGACUAGACUAGACUUCACCAGACUAGACUCCACCAGACCAGACUAGACUAGACUUCACCAGACUAGAUUCCACCAGACUAGACUCAACCAGACUAGACUCCACCAGACUAGACUAGACUCCACCAGACUAGACUAGACUCCACCAGACUAGAAUCCACCAGACCAGACUAGACUAGACUCCACCAGACCAGACUAGACUCCACCAGACCAGACUAGACUCCACCAGACUAGACUAGACUCCACCAGACUAGACUCCACCAGACCAGACUAGACUCAACCAGACUAGACUCCACCAGACUAGACUAGACUCCACCAGACUAGACUAGACUCCACCAGACUAGAAUCCACCAGACCAGACUAGACUAGACUCCACCAGACCAGACUAGACUCCACCAGACCAGACUAGACUCCACCAGACUAGACUCCACCAGACCAGACUAGACUCAACCAGACUAGACUCCACCAGACUAGACUAGACUCCACCAGACUAGACUAGACUCCACCAGACUAGAAUCCACCAGACCAGACUAGACUAGACUCCACCAGACCAGACUAGACUCCACCAGACCAGACUCCACCAGACUAGACUAGACUCCACCAGACUAGACUAGACUAGACUCCACCAGACUAGACUAGACUAGACUCAACCAGACUAGACUAGACUCAACCAGACUAGACUCGACUCCACUAGACUAGAAUAGACUCAACCAGACUAGACUAGACUCCACUAGACUAGACUCCACCAGACUAGACCCCCCCCCCCCCCAGGCCAAGACAUCUACAGAGUCCCAGCGCUGGAAAGUUACAUGACCCCCCCCCCCUCCCCCCAUGGCCAAGACAGACUAAUAGUCAGGUUAUCCUCUCAUCGUCACCCACUAUGAGAGGUAUUUAAACACUUCAGAUAAAAACCAGCGUGACAUCAGUUCUCGUCCCUCCCGUUUCCCAACAUCACACAGCAUCAUUCUGCUCUGAAUGACAGCGAUAGUGAUGCUAGUUGUUGUUGGCUGUGUCGUCAUGGGAACAUCACACAGCAUCAUUUUAUUUGUUGGUUCUUUACAUCGCUGUGUAGUCAUGGAAACACAAGGUGCCUUUUACUCAGACUUCCUUUCAGAGGUGAUUUCACAACUGUCACGUUCUCUCAAGCUAUUACCUAUGCAUGGAUCCUAUUGAAGCUUGGUGUAUGUUGUAUUCUAUAUUAACCAACAGAAUGAAAUAGUUCCUUUAUAUUA